AUGGAUCCGCCAAGACAUUCACGGCCAGAUCCUGCACAGGUUUUCAUUCCCCGACGGGAUAGUGCCCGCCGAGCGCGGGAAGCGCAAAUCCGCAUGAACACGGUCAGACGGGCAGCGCGCGCACUGCGCUCCCGCUUCUCCGGUCCCCCACCACGAGCACGCGUCUCCACCGUAACCGCUGACGCGUCCCCGAGACCUGGGCCGAGCAUUCCAUCGCCAGCAACCGUUCCGGAACGUACCGAACACCGCCGUCCCGCAGUAAUCGUUCCGAACAGUAACGAACCCCGCCGUCCUCCAGUAACCGUUCCGAGUCGUAUCGAACACCGCCGUCCGCCAGUAACCGAUCCGAGUCGCAUUGAAUCCCGCCGUUCCCCCGCACGAAAGAUACGGAUCUUGUCCGAACUAGUGAUUCCGGCCCCACACUGCCCAACUACCUCCGCCCCGGCCACUGUCACUGGCCGCAGGGUCGUGCUACCCUCUACCAGCCGCCCGGAUAACAUUUCGCAGCCGCAGGGCGAAGUUCCGGGGACAACAUAUUGGUCGCGUCUUCACCCAAAUUUGUGGGCUUGGUGGUCUGCGAAGGGUCACCCUAGACCACCCCGACGAAUUAUGGAGCUCCCCUUGCCACCUGGAGCCGUAAUGACUCCGGCCGACCAGGUCCGUACCGACGGCAGCUCCGCACAGCCCCACAGCCUGGAGCCACCCAGAGCCGUACAAACACCAGCCCCAAUUUCUCCGAAUGACCGGCUCCCAGAGGAACACGCCCAAGAAAUUGAAUCGCCUACCGAGGCGGAUGUGGCCGAUAUGGCUCGACGCAACCGCGACUGCCACUCAUGGCCAGCCGCAUAUAGGGCCGCAUUGAUGCGACUCCGACCGUCUGAUACUCAGAACUACCGCCGAUACCGUCUCCGCCUAAGGGCCCGUGACGGAUCCUCCGUCUUUAUUUCCGUUCCGUCCACGCCGCUAUAA